GGGAACGAGUGGUAGUUGUUGCGCGGACUCUGUGGUGAUUACACGCGGCACUCUCACUCUCUUUUCUGCUUUUAAGACUGAAACCGGUUCUCGAAACCAGUUGGUGACGUUACGAUUCUCCAUGAUGAUCUAACCGUACGAGUGGUCCAUACAUAACCGGGAUUUACGCGGACAGUGAUCAGGGUCAUACUGUGCUGAGAGAAAUACGGAGAUAAAAUAAUUUUUAUAAUUUUCCGUAAUAUGUGAUGAUAGUGGUGUAAAUACCAGAACUAAACAGUACUGAAUAAUUACACGAGAAGAUUGUGUUAAGAGAGGUGUGAGCGAGGCUACACUCUUAUCAGGUGAGUGUUGAAGGUGACAGGUGAAGCCUCUGACAGGUGAAGGCUCUGACAGGUGAAGCCUCUGACAGGUGAAGGCUCUGACAGGUGAAGCCUCUGACAGGUGAAGCCUCUGACAGGUGAAGCCUCUGACAGGUGAAGCCUCUGACAGGUGAAGCCAAAUUGAGGUGAGGCGGGUGGCCGCUUAUCUCACAUUACCGUUGGUACUACUGGCACUACUGUCUGGCUCAGGAUUGUCUCGUCGCCUACAAGUGGGUGCUGCUCCUGCCGUCCUUAACUCUAGGACGUCUACAGGACUCCCUCUACAGGAACCCUUCUUCAGCACAGCCUCUACACGAGUUACAGGUGUCAUGAAGGCCUCGUGAACCAUUAAGGCGUAAUAGUGAAUUAGAUGCUAGUGGCGUUGUGUUGGAGCACCAGUGGAAGCCUGAAGGUGUAGUGACGCCUCUGGUGGUGGUAGAGAAGGAUGAAGGUGCCGGAGACAGGCUUAGAAAAGGUACAUAGUGAACGAAUCUCCACUAUGGGGGCAAGAAAGUGCUACUGAAUCUUACUAACCAGUCGAGGAAAUAUCUCCCUAGUGUGUGUGUGUGUUUUAAGGAACAUUGUGUGGGGGGGGAGGGGGUGUUACUUGUGUUCCUUGGAAGAUGUGAUACGGAACAACCAGGAGCCAUGAUGAUGCAAGUAACGUUAUCUCUCUUGUUGUUGAGAUGAACUUGAAACACACGUGAGGAUGACUUGACCUGACCUGACCUACCACCUGACCCCUUACACAACACCACUUGACCUCUGUGUACUGGUGUCAUUAACAAGUGUAAUAAAGUGUUAACAAAAGUAUACGGAACAUGACCUAGCAGUGAAAAUAAAAGAAAAAACAACCCCCCCCCCUCAAAAAAAAAACCAUAAGAGGAGGCGGCGAACACAGAACCUAACCUAACCAUGAGCCGAACACUCCCCCCGAGGUGCACUUAACAUGAGGUAGCGACAGGACCUAAACACUCACUCACUCAGACGACUCUCGCCCCUGUGUGGAGGAGGAAUAAGGCCGGCGAUAACGAUGACUGGGCCCCCGCCAUGGGAUGUGGACGAAGUACACUUGGUAGUGAUAGUCCAAAGAAGAACAAGAAAAACGAGGCUGACUCGGACUGUGAGAGUGACGGGGACUCAGGCAGCAGCGCGGGCAGCUCCUCCAGGAAACAACAGCUAAGCAACAAGUUGGUGCCCUUUGGUGCAGGUGGUCCCUUGCUGGCCCAGGCGAAGGUCUCAGACAGCCAACACGAUUUCUUCAUGAUGCUGGACGAGAAGAUUGAAAACGGUCCAGACUACGACUCAGAGACGGAGGAGGUGGAGCGGCGGCGGCGCCUCCAGGAGUACGCUGAUCAGUGGAUGACCCUCACCAACACCCGGGCCAUGAGUCCUACCAGUAACUCCGCUGUGAGACUCCCUGAUGAGGACACGUGUGGUUCUGGCGACAUAACCGAGGAUGACGAGGACGACGACGGCCUAAACGAACCGGGACGAAUACCAGAUGAAGCGGUGCGCGAACAGUACAUGUUUAUGGGCAAUCUUUACACACUCACACACAUUCGUACCGACACUGAUAAGACAGAACCCAAAGUGGAUGUGGUGACGGUUCCCAAGCAGUGUCCAGUGGAGGAGACGAGUGUGGAGGACUCGGAAUUAGGCCACAAGCUCAAUGGGUCCGCGGUACCAGAGGAGUCGGAAGCAAAAGAGAAUGGAGUGGCAGAGGAUGGAGGUACAGCCAGUAGACCUCCAUCCAGACCACCUUCAAAAUCAUCUUCAAGACCUGCUUCUCUUAUUCUUAGAUCUGUAUUCCCAGCAGACACUGUACAGGAAUGACCCUCUUCCCCUGUGUGCCGAGGACAAGCUUAGCAGAUCUUUCACAGGAAGGUGCUGUGUGGAGUUAUCAAGGUUCCAGAGUAUAGAGUUUUGUUAUAAGUAGGGGGAGGUGGGGUUGUAUGAAGAGGAAGACACUCAUCAUAGAACUCAUCAUACAGUACACAAGAUGCUGCUACAAGAUGAACAAGACAUAGUUGGAGGGAGGUAAUAACGUGACUGAAGGUGUUGGUAGUGCCCCACCUGGUAACACUGCCAGUGCUACAAUCUCAAAAAAUGCACCCUAGUGUAUUGACUGCUGCUGAACAAACUAUAUAAAUAAUAAUUUUCAGAUAAAAAAAAAGAAAAUUGGCUCUGUGAUGGAAAAAGUGAAGUGAAAAAUCUGAUGGUUUUGAACCUUUGAUCAAACAGGAACAGUAGAAUAUUAUCAGUUAAAGAUGAUAUUCAGUUCUAAGCAAACAACGAGCCAAAAAUUACUGCUCAAAUUAAUAUUUGUCAGCUGUCAGUUAUAUACACAACUUGUACUGUGAUGACACAUCUAGAGUGAUCAAAUGUGGUAAUUUAGAAACUCCUCAGAAUAUUGAACUGUGAGACUAUAAGAGCUGAUGAUGGUGACUGUUACUCUGUCUACUUAAUAAUUCAGUCAUUAUCUCAUUUACCUCAUUAGGGAAAACUGCAUACACACACUUCACUUAUCAGCCAAAAAAAUUAGUACUGUAUUACAACUUUUGCUAAUUUUUAAAAAACUAGAACAUGGAAAAAAAAAAAGACAUUAAACUCUAUCACAGUUGUUAAGGCAAAAAUAACCUAAUUUUAUAAAUGAAGAUAAGAAGUAAUUUGAUUUUGUUGUACGUUGUUGUUUUGUAUUUUAAAUGCUGCCAGUAAACUUUUGAUAAAGUUCACAUAAAAGACAAAUAUUUGAAGUGAAAGAAGUACAGUAUGGGGGAUAAAGUUAAGUUAAAAGCAGGUAGGUAGAGUACUGUACUGCCCCUGUUAUGAUAGUUACCAAACACUUAGUCGGGCUGUGAGGACAAUUACUAUACAGUGAACCCUCGAAGAUCCGGACUAAAAGGGGGGGACCGCCUGUCCGGAAAAGUCGAUUGUCCGAAUUUUCUGGCGAAUAAUAAAUGAUAUAAGAAAUCCCCAAAAUACAGUACUAAAGGAGUGAUAAACAAAUUACCGCAUUAAACCAUGCAUUUACCUAUGAUAACAUAAUAAGAAACAUUGUAUCAUUACUAGAAAGAAUGAAUUAAUAUUCCCACAAAUGACAAUUGUCAACUCUGUUUAUGUUUCCCACCUCCUCGGGCACCUGUGUCCAAGCAACUGAUGGGUCAAGCAGCACCCACGGGCCUAAAAUGUUCUUUGCUCUGGUUUGGGAAUGUUUCUUAGGGAAACUUCUUAGCCCAGAACCCCCCAAUUUUUUUUU